UUGCUUGCUUUGCUAGAUGAGUCCAUGAGGCUGCUUUCUUAGUUAAUUAUAAGGCUUCAAGUCCACACGGAAUCCACACUGUCCUGUGUCCGUACGAAUAGUAAUUUAGUUUGACUUCGACUAGAUGAGUCUGAAACCAUGCACGGACGCCACGUCAACUUUGUGUAGAGUUGAAUGAGAGUAGUGCAUCUAGCGGUGGUAAUGGAUCGUGAUCUAAAUGUUUCUUCACAAUUUGUUAAGACCUUAAAUAAGUUUUAGUUCAAAAAUGAAUAUAAAUAGAGUCUGAUCCUAAUUUGACCUGAUUUUUAAAUUUUAUAGUGUAAAAUGUGGAGCCCAUUGUCACCCCUAAGUGCAUCUCACAGUGCCGACAUAUAAUCUAUGGAAGCAGAAAACACUUAGGGCUGGUUUGGUGGACAAGUAAUUGAAGGAGAUCUAUGUAGGAGGAAUCCCCUUCCUAUUUAAUUUUGAAUAGCAUGGAGAUUUCUUCUUCAUACAUCUUCUCCAAUUCUCUAGUCACCAAAUCAACCAUCAGAGCUGAUUUGGUGACCUGGAAUCCCCUUGUCACCAAAUCAACCCUCAGCAUCCAGAGAUGAGAGAUGUCUCUUAAUUGAGUAUAUAUAAUAAUAACAGCCACAUGAGAAGCACAGUGGUUAGGAGUGGAAAAUGUGCUUCCAACUGAUCCAUGCUUUGAUUCUUUCCACUGGGUGCUUUCAACAUGUUAAUGAUGUGUUCUGGUACAUUGCUGACUAACAGCAACAUCCGGGCCCAUGUAUUUUUUUUGUCUUUGUGCAAAAUCUAAGAAUAAUGAUCAUCAUUAUGUAAGCAUAUCGUCAGUAUAUCCUGAUGACUCACCCUUUUUACUAUCAGAUUGUUAUUGCUUGAAAUAAAGAGUUUUUUUUCUUACUCCUUUUGUAAGACUCAAAAAUCAUAUUUGAACUGGAGACAGUGUGUACUGUGUACUGAUGAGUGGUGGGAACCUUGCCCAUAGUCUUCUAAAUGGCUGUUGUUUUGUUCUCAUAUGUGUUAUGUUUAUAGGCCACACAUGAUAAUUUGUUAGAGGGUGGGUGAUUACCUGCCUUAGUAGGUUUGGUGAAGUCUUUCAGUGCAGCUGCAAGUUUCAAUUUUUCUUUCUUUUCAAUCAAUAGGUGAAAGGAAACAAAGCAGGAAUUGUGUAUUUGUGUGCAGUUGGUUUCAUUGGUUAUACUCAAACGAGGACCUAGUCUUAGCUGAAUACUGCAUGCCUUCCUUGCAGAAGCAGCAAAAAGAACAACUCCUUUUGGUUAUUCCUAACUUUAAGAGGGAAAAACUCAGCUGGCCUGCAGGCUGCAGCUAAUUUGCCUGGUCCAUGAGAGAACGCAAAUAACAAAUUCUUGCAGUUUAUUAUAUGUAAUUAGGCUGUGUCUGCUGAUAUCUACUUCUGCCAAGGAUAUGCAAUUACUUCAAAAGUGGAAAUCUAGGUGACCAAUUGAAAAGGACCUGAGCAAGACAUCGUUGUCUUUGGUUUGGUGUUCUUUCACAUCUCCUGAAAGCUACACUAGGAAUAAACGAACUUGGAAUAAGCAACCUAGCCAUAGUCGAAUUCCUCAGUUUAUCUUUCACACUGUGUUUAUAUAUCACCUUAGCGGUCGCGCAAAGCCCUCAAACACACAGUUGAACAGCAAGCAAAGCAACUAUGUGGGGCAGUAGCAGGAGGAGGCAUGACCUCUUUAGCAUUAGCAACUGCAGAUACCUGCUCAUAACCAGUUGUCUCAUCCAUGCCAUUCAGACCCUUCAUCUUUGCGAAGCUCAGUCCACUGAUGAGCAAGCACUGCUUGCAUUCAAGGCCGGCAUCUCCGGCGACCCGAGCAGGGUGCUUGCUGCAUGGACGCCUACCAACAGCAGCAUGAAGAAUAACAUCUGCCGGUGGAAAGGUGUCUCAUGCGGCUCCCGACGGCACCCUGGGCGUGUCACGGCGCUGGAGCUCAUGUUAUCCAACCUGACAGGUGUGAUCAGCCACAGCCUGUCCAACCUUUCCUUCCUCCACACGCUCAACCUCUCUAGCAACCGGCUCUCUGGCAGCAUCCCCUCGGAGCUUGGCAUUCUGUGGCGUCUCCAAGUCAUCAGCUUAGGAGAGAAUUCCCUCACCGGAGAGAUACCAGCAUCUCUCUCCAAUUGUGCUCGUCUCACACAUUUGGAGCUGCAGCUGAAUGGGUUGCAUGGUGAGAUCCCAGCGAACCUGAGCAACUGCAAGGAGCUCAGGGUUUUCAACAUCAGUGUGAAUACCCUAUCCGGUGGUAUUCCUCCAUCGUUUGGGUCGCUGUUGAAACUCGAGUUCUUUGGGCUUCAUCGGAGCAACCUCACCGGCGGCAUUCCCCAGUCACUGGGUAACCUGUCAUCACUCCUGGCAUUUGACGCCAGUGAGAAUUUUAAUCUGGGUGGCAACAUACCAGACGUGCUAGGGAGACUAACCAAGCUGGAUUUUCUCAGGCUAGCUUCUGCUGGCCUUAGUGGAAAAAUCCCAGUCUCAUUGUUUAACCUAUCAUCCAUUAGGGUACUUGACUUGGGAAACAAUGAUCUAUCUGCUGUCCUGCCUGCUGACAUUGGUUUCACUCUACCAAGAAUUCAGUCCCUUUCUUUAUACAACUGCGGGCUCAAAGGGCGCAUCCCCAUGUCAAUAGGCAACAUGACACGACUCCGUCUGAUCCAGCUUCACAUCAACAAUCUACAGGGGAUUGCUCCGCCUGAAAUUGGUAGGCUGAAAGAUCUUGAGGUGCUGAACUUGCAGUCUAACCAGCUUGAGGAUAAGUGGGACAGGGACUGGCCUCUGAUACAAUCACUAGGGAAUUGCAGUAGACUGUUUGCACUCAGCCUUUCCUAUAACAGGUUUCAAGGCAUGCUUCCCCCUUCUCUUGUCAACCUUACCAUUUGGAUACAACAAAUCUUGAUAAAUGGAAACAAGAUAAGUGGUUCGAUACCCACAGAGAUAGGUAAACUCAGCAACCUUCGUGUUCUUGCAAUCGCUGAUAAUGCCUUGACUGGCACCAUUCCAGACACCAUUGGUGGUCUUCACAACAUGACUGGGCUAGAUGUCUCUGGCAACAACUUAUCUGGUGAGAUCCCAUCUCUGCUUGUUGCAAACCUUACCCAGCUUUCUUUCCUGGAUCUCUCACAGAACGAGUUGGAAGGAAGCAUACCUGAGAGCUUUGAGAAUAUGAGAAAUAUUGCAAUCCUGGACUUGUCUUACAAUAAGUUCAGUGGCAUGAUACCAAAGCAGCUUGUCAGUCUCUCUUCUUUAACCCUGUUCCUCAACCUGUCUCACAACACCUUCUCAGGUCCAAUACCUUCACAAGUAGGUCGACUGAGCAGCCUUGGGGUUUUAGACUUGUCGAACAACAGGCUCUCAGGAGAGGUACCGCGGGCACUCUUCCAGUGCCAAGCAAUGGAGUACUUAUUUCUGCAGGGAAACCAGCUUGUUGGUAGGAUUCCCCAAUCACUCAGCUCAAUGAAAGGGCUUCAAUACUUGGACAUGUCAGAGAAUAAUCUGUCUGGUUCAAUUCCAGAUUACUUAUCGACGUUGCAGUACUUGCAUUAUCUGAACCUAUCCUACAACCAGUUUGAUGGACCAGUGCCGACAAGCGGAGUGUUCAACGAUUCAAGGAACUUCUUUGUUGCAGGGAACAAAGUUUGUGGUGGUGUUUCAGAGCUGCAGCUGCCAAAAUGUUCUGGUGGUAAUAUGUUACACAAAUCAAGAACUGUAUUGAUCGUGUCUAUUGCCAUAGGAUCUAUCUUGGCCCUAAUCCUUGCCACAUGCACUUUUGUGAUGUAUGCUCGAAAGCGACUGAAUCAGAAGCUUGUGCAGAGUAAUGAGACACCUCCUGUUCCAAAGUUGAUGGACCAGCAAUUGAAACUGUCGUAUGCUGAACUGAGUAGGUCUACUGAUGGCUUCUCUACAGCUAACCUCAUUGGCGUUGGAAGCUUUGGCUCAGUAUACAGGGGAACACUAAGCGAUGAAGAGCAGGAAGUCGCAGUAAAAGUACUGAACCUCCUGCAGCACGGCGCUGAGCGGAGUUUCCUGGCUGAAUGCAAGGUGCUGAAAAGUAUUCGACACCGCAAUCUUGUAAAGGUCAUCACGGCCUGCUCGACCAUCGACCACAGCGGGCGUGAUUUUAAAGCCUUGGUGUACGAGUUCAUGCCUAACAGAGAUCUUGACAGAUGGCUCCAUCCGUCCACCGGGGAAGGCGGUGAGAGGUCCUCCCGCACGCUGACCAUGGCUGAGAGAGUGAGCAUUGCACUCGACGUCGCUGAGGCUCUUGACUACCUUCACAACCAUGGCCAAGUGCCAAUUAUACACUGUGAUCUGAAGCCGAGCAAUGUCCUUCUUGACCACGACAUGGUUGCCCGUGUAGGGGACUUUGGGCUGUCACGGUUUGUCCAGGGAGCUAACAGCAACUCGUUCCAACCCAUAGCCAACACUACUGGAAUCAAAGGCACCAUUGGAUACAUUCCUCCAGAGUAUGGAAUGGGUGGCGGAGUUUCAGUGGAAGGUGAUGUCUACAGCUAUGGGACUCUCCUGCUCGAGAUGUUCACGGCAAAGCGGCCAACAGAUCCCUUGUUUCAGGGAGGCCAAAGCAUCCGCAGCUAUGUCGCAGCGGCUUAUCCCGAGAGAGUAACAGCAGUCGCUGACCUAUCUCUGUUGCAGCACGAAGAGAGAAACCUGGAUGAAGAGAGCCUAGAAGAGUCCCUCGUGUCAGUUUUCCGGGUCGCGCUGCGAUGCACCGAGGAGUCACCGAGAGCAAGGAUGCUCACUAGAGAUGCCAUCAGAGAGCUUGCUGGUGUAAGGGAUGCUUAUGGGUAGCUACUUGGUACGUAGGGGUGACAACGGGCUCUAUAUUUUACACUAUAAAAUUGAAGGAUUUACACUAUAAAAUUAAAGGAUCGGAUCGGGUUACGAUCGGGUCAUAUUUAUAUUCAUUUUUGAACUAAAAUAAUUUAAGGCUUAGCAAUUUAUGAAGAAACAUUUGAAUCACGAUCCAUUACCACCACCCCUACUUGAACGUUAGCAAGUUACAGUCCAUAGAGUAAUAUGUAAAUAGCACUGGAAACGAUUUUAUUUUUUGUAAGUGAAGUAGAAUGUAGGAAUUGUGUGUAUUGAUAGAGAAGAGUGCUGUUACAUA